AUGCAUGAGGCUUUGAACGGAAACCCCUUUCUAAAUGACGUCCGGAACGUGGCCCUGCAGAUAUCAUUGAUGAGCGACGUCCGCGAGGAAGAUGAAGGCGUCGUUAUGAAUGUGGUCCAGACUCUAUGCUCAACGAUAGGAAUCGGCGCAGAUUCCCGGUUCCGCUGGAAAAACGAAUUCAACCGCCCACAGAAGUGGACUUCUCCCGAAUUUGAGAAACAGCUUUUUGGUGCCGCGCUUUGUACCAAUAGCCUUUCGCACGUUCGGCGGUCUGCGGCGCUACGAAAUGCCAUGUUGUCAAAAACCACCUGCCCUGAUAACAGCUGCGUAUUUGGGACUUUCUUUGAGCUGGCUGGAAAGUUCGGCGACAAGGAACUUCUUGGCUACCUCAUGACAAGCGCACCAUCUGAGUCCGGCCCAGAGGUUAGGUUCGAGCUUUUCAAACAUGCAGCACAAGCUGGUAGGAUAGACAUCGUUCGGUUUCUCCACGGAUAUCGUAGCGAAGAGUGGCAAUGGAAUUUUGAAUCUGAUGCUAAGGGGAACAAAAGGCCGCAAGAUUUCACCCUCGACGGCGGUCAUAAUCCUGAGGCUUAUGACCUCAUCCAGACUAUGCGCACGGCUCAAGGCUUGCGACCGACGCCAAGUGAUAUGGUGGACAUCAAAUUCUACGGCAGCGCAAAAGUUGGGUAUAUAGACAUGGUGUCGCAUCUCCUACGAAUCGGCGAGUAUGCCAAUGGAGAUCGCACUGGCAUCCUCCAUAUAGCCGUCAAGUACGCUAGCGAACGCGGCCACGCAGCUAUUGUCCAGCUUCUCUUAGACAAUGGUGCGAAUCCGAACAUCACUCUCGAAGGUGCGGCGCGCCGCGGUCACGCGAAGCUCGUGCAAAUGCUGCUGGAUCGCGGAGUCAAGCCCAGCGAGGCACUUGUCGAUGCUGGGAGAUACUGCAAACCACACACUAAGCUUCUGGCGAACAUAGAAAGAGGGCCUUAUCUAGACGUAGUGCGGCUACUUCUUGACGCCGGCGUAGACGUAAACGAAAGCAUUGGCAAGGACAGCCCUCUCGCCGGAGCAAUUGCCGCAGAACAUACAGUACUGUUUGAGUUCCUUCUCGAACGAGGAGCGGAUUUGCGUUCUCCAGGAACAGCAGAGGAGUGCGUACGGCGAGCGAGAAAGGAUGGGCUGGAGUCUAUGCUACUGCUGCUUGAGAAACAUGGCGUUGAUGUCAAUGCUGAUUUGGAAGAAGCGGUAUGA